AGAGCAACGUGAGUGUAGGCGAGAAAGAUGGGUGACGUCAGACUGUGCAUGCUGUCCAGAAGUACAUAAUAUAUUUUUACCUUAUUUAUUUUAUUUUUACCUGUAUACAGGUAUCUUUCUGCGGCAAUGGGUCAUUUGCGUUUAGCGAAGUGAAGUCCUGUUGCCAGUUCUUUUGAAUGCUCGCUUAAAGUAACGUUCACCUGGGUUAGCGUAGCAAGCUAACAUUAGCGGUCGUAAUGACUGUGUGUCUGGCAGCCGCCGCGCUGCGUGUUUCGUGAAUUAAACAUGUCUCGUUUAAAACCGUUUAAACUGCAUAUCUAGUUCAGCUUUCAGACAUGCAAGCGCCACGGUCUGCACCUGUGGCCGAAACAGGGGGGCUCGGUGGAGGGGAGAACGCAGCGGCUGUGGGGGAUUCCAGUAAUGAUACUAAAACACAUUUUCGAGUCUGCCGCUUCAUCAUCGAGACAGGAGUGAAGUUGGGCAUGCGGUCAGUCCCUGUGGCCACUGCAUGUGCUCUGUACCACAAGUUCUUCCAGUCAGCCAGCUUAGAGGUCUAUGAGCCAUACCUAGUAGCUAUGUCCUGCAUAUACCUUGCAGGUAAAGUGGAAGAACAGCACCUCAGGACAAGGGACAUUAUUAAUGUCUGUCACAGGUAUUUCCACCCUGGACGUGAUCCGCUGGAGCUGGACAGCAAGUUUUGGGAGCUGCGAGACAGCGUGGUGCAGUGUGAGCUCCUCAUUCUCAGACAGCUCAACUUUCAAGUGUCCUUUGAGCACCCUCAUAAGUACUUGCUACACUACCUGCUGUCUGUGAGGAGUUUGCUGAAUCGUCAUGCCUGGUCUCGGACACCCAUCGCGGAAACAGCCUGGGCCCUGCUCAAAGACAGCUACCAUGGGCCAGUUUGUGUCCAGCAUCGACCCCAGCACCUCGCCCUCACUGCACUGUACCUCGCUCUGCACACAUAUGGAGUGCAGGUCCCCAGAGGGGAAAGGGAAUGGUGGCAGGUUCUUUGUGAGGAUGUUACCAGAACUCAAAUUGAAGACAUAAUGACUCAACUGCUGCAGCUCUAUGACAUGGAGGCCAAGUGCACAUGAAUGCAAAGCAAAUGAGGACCAAAAUUCAGCAUUUUUCCCCAAAGCCAAACAACUACAGACCAUACAGAUCAUGGUCCAAUUCCCAGGAAGGGUUCUUCUUGAUCAUCUCGUGAUUUGGACCCCUGCAGUUGGAUUUCAGCGCAGCUAAUGAAAUUAAAAUGUUAAAGCAGCCGUGCCAAUGUCUGCGCUGGACAGCGCUGUCAGGAAGAUGCGAGGUAGGAUGGAGAAGGCCGGAGUGUGUGAGUCACCAGGUGACAGUCUGAAAAACAGGCUUUAGCCACAGCACAUCAAUCAGCUCCCAAGCUCAUGCCCUACUUUCUUCUUCUCCUACCUCGUUCCAUUUUCUCCUGGAAGAGAAGAGAGAAGGAGAAAGUGAGAGAAAAAAAAAAAAGAAUAAAAGGAGAGAAGUAACAGUGCCAACCGAUCCCUAGAGCUGGACUGCGACUUGAGGUAAAGCAGCCAAAUCUGGGGCAGAGCUUUGAUAUUUUAUAAUUUAAUUACUCUCUUCCUCUCCCAUUAGAAUUUAUCCCUGAGGUUCCCUGAAGUUACAUUAUAGUACAGUAUAAUACUGUAAAUGAUGGUUGCGUCAGACAGGAUUGGGUUAAAUCAGACUGAAAAUGGACGGACAGAAGUUUUUUAUAAUGUGCUACAAUUCAUUGUUUUUUUCCAGUAUUCUUUGUUUCUUUGGUUGCCAUUAAAGUGUUUUCUCUAACUUCUUUGCAUUAAAGGUCCCAUAUGGUAAAAUUC